GCUGCUUCCUGCUAAGGCCGACGCUAACAAUGGCAGCUUCUUCAGAGUUGCAGCUGGAUCUCCUUCCUUCAGACCCGCUGCUGCACAUUUUGUCAUAUUUGAGUUUCAGAGACCUGGUCCACUGCAGUUAUGUCAGUAAGAGGCUAAACGAGCUGUCCAAACACAACCCACUGUGGAAAUGUCACUGCUGUAAACACUGGCUGCUGACUGAUGCGGAUCGACUGCAAAGUGGUCUCUCCUGGUAUAACCUCUUUAAGCAGUACUACUCUGACCUGGGCCAGUACAUCAAGUACUACGCAGUGCUGAAGAAAGCCUGGGAGCAGCUGAAGAGCUUCUUGCAUCAGAGAUGUCCUCGUAUGAUCACAUCGCUCAAAGACGGUGCCACAGAGUUGGAGUUGAACGAUAUCGAGGCUCAGAUCGACUGUAAGCUGCCUGAUGAUUAUCGCUGCUCGUACCGGAUCCACAAUGGCCAGAAACUGGUCAUCCCUGGGCUGAUGGGCAGCAUGUCUCUGUCCAACCACUACCGCUCGGAGGUCCUGCUGGACGUGGAGACAGCAGCCGGAGGUUUCCAGCAGAGGAGGGGCAUGAGGCGCUGCCUGCCGCUCACUUUCUGCUUCCACACGGGCCUCAGCCAGUACGUGGCGCUGGAGGACGCUGAGGGACGCAAGAAAGGCGAGAGCUUCUACCCCUGCCCUGAUCAGACAGCUCAGGAUCCUUCAGCCAUCGACAUGUUCAUCACAGGCUCCAGUUUCUUAGACUGGUUCUCCACCUAUGUGAACAACGUGGUAACAGGAGAAUAUCCCAUCAUCAAAGACCAAAUCUUCAGGUACGUGCACGAGAGAGGCUGUACGGUAACCACCGGAGACAUCACUGUUUCUGUUUCUACCUCCUUCCUGCCAGAGCUUUCCUCUGUCCACCCGCCUCACUUCUUCUUCACCUACCGGAUCAGGAUAGAAAUGUCUCGCAGCGCCUCGCCUGAAGCUGCCUGUCAACUCGACAGCCGCUACUGGAAAAUCACCACAUCUGACGGCAACGUGGAGGAGGUUCACGGUCCAGGCGUGGUCGGAGAGUUUCCGGUGAUGACCCCCGGGAAGGUGCACGAGUACGCCAGCUGCACCACCUUCUCCACCCCGUCAGAGUACAUGGAGGGUCACUACACGUUCCACAGACUAGCCAACAAGGAAGAAGUUUUCCAGGUGGCCAUUCCUCGCUUCCACAUGGUGUGUCCUCCGUACAGAGAGCCACAGACUCCAACGCAGAAAGCUUCAACCAGCGACACGACUCACGUCGACGACGACGAUUUCUGUCACAAAGACGAUGAAGAUGACAGAGACGACUUCGGCGGCCUGAGGAGAAUCAACAUGGUUCCUUUGGAGAGGUCCUCUUGUCCUCGAUUCACCCUCUGACCUGCUGAUGGACUGUCAGUCAGAGGAUUAUGGGACAGCAGCAGCAAAGAGCCAUACAUGGACUUAAACUCUUGAACUUUCAGUUGCCAAACUAAAGCAGGGCUGGGUGCAGCGUUUUUGAGAAAUGUUCUGUUUAUUGUUACUUUAGUCACAGAUUGUUGGAUAAAUUUCAGGUAGGACAGACCAGGAGGGGGCUGUGUUUACUUCCAGCUUAGAGAUAGAAACUGAAUUCUCUGGACUUUAAAACUUAACUAAAACUUAAAAACAACAAGAUAGUUUUGCUGCAGUAGUGAAAUACUAGGUUUUUUUUUUAACAUCUGCAGCAGAGUAAAAUGUAGGUUUUAGUUUAGGUGCAAAAGUCCAGAAAAUUAUUCAGAAAUGAACAAUUGAAUUAUUCACAUCUAACUGAUGCUGAUAUGUGUGAUGGAGUUGUUUAUAAACUUCUUAUCCUCAGACUUUUAGCAUUAAAUAAGCUAAGAACAACUUGAAUAUUUGCUUAAAGAAGCCAUUAGAGCUGCAUCUAUUUUCAUCUUAUAUUUAUAGUGAUAAACUCUGAUCUGUCAAGAUAAUUAAUAAUCAGACAGGAAUGGCAUUUAAUAUAACUCAAGAGUGUUAAACCACAAAGAAAUUCAUGAAGAUUCAAAUUCUCACACUUUGGAACCUAAAAUGCUUCAGAUGUUCUGCGUUUGAUUCUUUACUGUCAGAUUUGAUGGUGUUGAAGUAAAAGCAGAGAUGUUCCUCAGUGAUCUGCCUCCUGCUGGAUAAAGCUGGAACAUCACAGAUUUAAAUCUGAAGAAACAAAGUUUCUGUGAUGUUAGUUUCUGAUAGUUAGAUUUAUUUUGUCUCACAGGUUCCAGCAAACAAAAACAGCAGAACCCCCAAUGCAUUGAAUAUUGAUUUAUUUAUUUCUAUCCUGAUCCAUAUGAGCAGCCUGUGUGAUGGCUCAGAAAAACUUUAAGGUGUUUCCAGCUUGAUUUGUGAUUUCACUCAAUAUAAAGACUUUCUGUGGUGGAUGCUGGAUGCUCUGUUAUCAGCAGGUUUGUUUUCCAAGUUUGGGUUUAAUAAAAAGAAAAAUUCAGUGGGUUUAA